AAGCUCACCAAAUCAAAAGAGAGGAAGUGCUAAGCAAAUACAGGAACCAAAAAGGGUUAUAGAGGCUGCCUUAUGCUGUCUCAUCCAGUUCCUUUGCGGUCCUCUUCUUCAGCACAUGCCAAAGCUGUUGCUCACGGCCUGUGAGACGAGCAUCUUGGAUGUAGGACAAUGGAAGAAUUAGAUGCCUUAUUGGAGGAACUGGAACGCUCCACCCUUCAGGACAGUGAUGAAUAUUCCAACCCAGCUCCUCUUGCCCUGGAUCAACAUUCCAGAAAGGAGAGUAACCUUGAUGAGACUUCAGAGAUCCUUUCUGUUCAGGAUAACACAAGUCCCUUGCUGGCGCAGCUUGUGUAUACCACCAAUAUCCAGGAGCUCAAUGUCUACAGUGAAGCCCAAGAGCCAAAGGUAUCACCACCACCUUCUAAAACGUCAGCAGCUGCUCAGUUGGAUGAGCUCAUGGCUCACCUGACUGAGAUGCAGGCCAAGGUUGCAGUGAGAGCAGAUGCUGGCAAGAAACACUUACCAGACAAGCAGGAUCACAAGGCCUCCCUGGACUCAAUGCUCGGGGGUCUGGAGCAGGAAUUGCAGGACCUUGGCAUUGCCACAGUGCCCAAGGGCCAUUGUGCAUCCUGCCGGAAACCGAUUGCUGGGAAGGUGAUCCAUGCUCUAGGGCAAUCAUGGCAUCCUGAACAUUUUGUCUGUACUCAUUGCAAAGAAGAGAUUGGCUCCAGUCCCUUCUUUGAGCGGAAUGGCUUGGCCUACUGCCCCAACGACUACCACCAACUUUUUUCUCCACGCUGCGCUUACUGCGCUGCUCCCAUCCUGGAUAAAGUGCUGACAGCAAUGAACCAGACCUGGCACCCAGAACACUUCUUCUGCUCUCACUGUGGAGAGGUGUUUGGUGCAGAAGGCUUUCAUGAGAAGGACAAGAAGCCAUAUUGCCGGAAGGAUUUCUUAGCCAUGUUCUCACCCAAGUGUGGUGGCUGCAAUCGUCCAGUGUUGGAAAACUACCUUUCAGCCAUGGACACUGUCUGGCACCCAGAGUGCUUUGUUUGUGGGGACUGCUUCACCAGUUUUUCUACUGGUUCCUUCUUUGAACUGGAUGGACGUCCAUUCUGUGAGCUCCAUUACCAUCACCGCCGGGGAACGCUCUGCCAUGGAUGUGGACAGCCCAUCACUGGCCGUUGUAUCAGUGCCAUGGGGCACAAGUUCCAUCCUGAGCACUUUGUGUGUGCUUUUUGCCUGACACAGUUGUCGAAGGGCAUUUUCAGGGAGCAGAAUGACAAGACCUAUUGUCAACCUUGCUUCAAUAAGCUCUUCCCACUGUAAUGCCAACUAAUCCACAGCCUCUUCAGGUUCCUUAUACAAUUUAAACCAAGAGAGGAGAGGAAAGGGUAAAUUUGCUGUUCUGACCUUCUGCUUAAUAGGCUUAUAGAAAAAGGUGAUGAGCAAAUAAAUGAACUUCUAGACUUUACAUGACUAGACUGAUAAUCUUAUUUUUGAGGCUUCUAUACAGUUAAUUCUAUACAUUCUCUUUCUCUCUUCUCCAAUCAAGUGCUUGGAGUUAGAUUUAGGUUCUUCUAUCUAGUCCCCCUACAGAUGUAUUUUCCACUUGCAUAAUUCAUACCAACACUGGUUUCCUUAGGUUUCUCCUUUUUCACCUCUGCUGAUGGCCCUACUCAGAUUUUCUCUAAUUUGGUCCCGAUACUUGUCUCUUUUCAAGUUUUCCCAUGUCCCUGUGGCUCACUGUCUUACAAUCACUGCUGUGAAAUCAUGAUACCACUCCUACCUCUUUGCAUCUUCCUUCAGUGUAUUUUUGUUUUUCAAGAGGAAGUAGAUUUUAACUGGACAACUUUAAGUACUGACAUCAUUGAUAAAUAAACCAGCUUGUGGUUUCAAUAA